UUCCUCUUCCGCAAGCCAAAAAAAAUCUUUUAACCCCCAAUUCGUUUAAAUACAGCUCCCCCAAUUUCAAAGGAAUACCAGAAUUCACAGACAAAUAUAUAAUUCUUAAGAUCAAUAGAAAUCACAGAAGAAACAAUAUAUUGAAGAGGAAUCAACAAUCGGAAGAAAAAAAUGGCGAGCGAGGAAGGAAUUCAACAGAAACUCCAAGAAUUGCAGAAACAGCUGGGGAAGAAACAGAUGUUCGAGCAAUCUGUUAACACCAUCAGAUCUCUUCUUCUACAACAUUAUCCUUCCGCUUCCCCCAAACUACGGCAAUCGUUCUACGCAGUAGUAUGUCGAGUGGCAACGAUUUUGAAGACGAGAUACACUUCACCAGGUUUUUGGAACACAGGGCUUAGCCUCUUCCAAGAUGCCGAGCAGCUAGUUCCAGAAGCUUCCGAGAGAAAGCACUUGCAAGGUUGCAUCUCUCAAGCCAAUGACCAAUUGAAUGAAGUGCAGAACCAAUCCGAGGAUUCAAGAUCCACACGAACUAACGGAGGUUAUUUAUUCGAAGGGCAUCUGACGGUGGACCAAGAGCCACCACAGCCCACUUGGUUAGUUCAGUCGAACUUGCUCACAGCCGCUGCUACUUUGUUCCAGGCUGAAUCUUCCGGAUUGCAAUUGGAUAAUUCUAACACAGGAGAUGGUGCGUCGAGUCUUCUUCAACAGCUGGUGGAUUCGUUAGAUAAUAUUGUGCCCGAGAUUCUAGAUAUUGAUAGCGGAGCUCCACGAGUGCCGCCUGCUAGUAAGGAAGUUGUGGCAAAGCUUCCAGUUAAUACAGUUACACAAGAUAUGUUAGUGAAUCUUGGUAAAGAUGCAGUGUGUUCCAUUUGUCAAGAGAAUUUAGUUGUGGAAGAUAAAAUGCAAGAAUUGCCAUGCAAGCACAUGUUUCAUCCCCCUUGUCUUAAACCUUGGCUGGAUGAGCAUAAUUCGUGUCCGAUUUGUCGGCACGAACUGAAAACGGAUGAUCAUGCUUACGAAAGUUGGAAGGAGAGAGAGAAGGAGGCGGAGGAAGAGCGGAAAGGGGCGGCAAAUGCCGUUCGAGGCGGUGAAUAUAUGUAUGUGUAGAGAAACUUUCACACAUUUGCAAAAUACCUAUGGGAAUAUUUAUUACUCUUUUUAGAGCAGUGUUUGUAAUUUUUUUCAAUGAAGUGUCUCACUGAGAUAAAUGUAAUAUUUGUGUUUUUCAAUUUCUUUCUUGGUAUUUUAUGCAGCGAUCGGACAAUGAUAAUACUUAUUUUAUAGGGUAAAUUACGGAAAGCCCUGAGGUAAGGU